GUAUUCUAGUAGUUAUACUUUAAAGCUACAUCAUCGCCACCAGUCGUUCGAGCAUCUGUAGAUGCGUUAGGCACGAUAUAAUCAUCGAGCUCGUUCGCUGCUGCUGUGCUGAUCUUUGUUUCAACUCGAAUUUCUUAGUUCUUGGUCGAAAUUUCUUCCUCGUCCACACAUGUUCCUCGAACAUAAACGCUAACUUGCAGAUUUUCUGCACGCACGUACACAUACUCACACUUUACACCGGCUUUAUCUCGACGCUUCAACACCGAUGAUAUCUAGGAAGAAGAGGAGGAAGUAUCGCUAUAUAAUAAAACCGGGCUGGAGUUGCUUAAAACGUGUUGCAAGUAGCAAAGCUGCGCAGUCGCAUCUACUGGACUUUACUCGUGAUUUUACUUAACGUCUUUCAUCCGCCAACUGGGCCAGAAGCAUUUAAAGAAUCAUGUCAGCCAUAAUUCAACUGCUCCAGCCAUUGUUGCAAGACUAUGAGCAAGAUGACCACCUUGAACUAUUGAAAGCAGAGGAAAAGCUUGCCACAAAAUUAGGCGACAAUUUCUUGUCCGCUGUUUAUAGAAUAACUGUCAGUGGAAAACGAAAAAAUGGCUCGGAGUACCGAGGCUCUUUUAUACGCAAGAUACGGUUAAAUGAAAAUCAAUUGACGAAACAGAUGAGAGAUGACAAAAUGUUUGAAAACGAGGCAUACUUUUAUAAUAAUAUUUAUCCAAUAAAUGGGAGCUUUGCUCCAAAACCUGUCUUAGCAACUGUCGAUCAAAUCAUUUUGGAAGAUUUGGGCGAUAGAGAAUAUGUAGUUCUCAGUAGAAAAGAUCUUCUAGAUUUUAAACACACCGAUGAAGUCGUGAAAGCCAUGGCAUCCAUGCACGCUUUUUAUUUGAGCUACAAGCUCAAUCAUCCAGAAGAAUUUGCAAAGCUCAUCGCGCCAAUCAAAGAGAACGUUUUCCCGAUGGACGACAACAUAUCGCCUGGAAGGUUUUACGAACUAGGAUUUGAUACCGCCAAAAAAAGUCUUGAAACGAUAGCAGACAGUAGCCUGCAAGCUAGGAGGGGGUUGCGAUUUUUGAGAUUUUUCGAAAAAGACUUGUACAAUGCAUUGAGAAGUAUGAUAGAUCCCUCUAAAAACAACAGCAAAUACUGGACAUUGACCCACGGCGACUUAUGGAAUAAUAAUCUUAUGUUUUUACAAGAUAACCACGAGGAAAUUUUGCGCGUUAAAUUUCUCGAUUAUCAGGUGAUAAGGCACAUGUCGCCAGCGACUGACUUUGUCUACUUCGUUUAUUCGUCCUGCAAACCUGAAGUGCUAGAUCGCGUCAACGAACUUGUCGAAACGUAUGAGAAGUACUUCAGGCAUAGUCUCAGCUCACUCAAUGUAAGCGACGAACAUCUUCGAUUUUUUUCCAAGAAAGACUGGUUCCUAGAAGAAAUCGAGCAAGCGGGAUUGUUCGGUAUGGCGGGUGCUCUCCUGGUUAUGCACGCUUUAACGUUAGACGACGCAGAGAUCGAAGCACUGAAGAAUGAACAGGAUCGGAAAUUAGCUUCUCAAGACGUCAAUGAUAACGAACUUAUAACUUCAACUGUAAGUUUAAAUUCGCAAAGAACAGAAAGAAUCCUUCGAAACCUUACCAAUUACUUGCAUCACUUUGGAGGCCAAUUGAGUAAAUGUUUCGGUGAGUGGGAUCAGAGUGACGAAGAAGAAAAAGCUAAGUUUUAAUUAACUAGAUUUUAAAAAAGAAAAGUGAUAUUUUUAACCUUUGUGGUAAUAACACUUGUAUUGGACAUGUUUUACGUAUAAAGAUACGCACAAAGAGGACCAUUCAAAACUUUUAUGUAAUAGUUAUUGCAAAAUUAAUUUACGCUACGAUAUAUUGAUGCAACCGGCUGUGAUUUGAAAAAUAUAUAUUUUAUCAUUGACCAUUAAGUCAAGUUUUAUGAACAAAAUAAUGAAAGAAUAAUAGUACCUAGAUGUAUGAAUGUGCUGUUGUAAAUAUUAUAGAGCUUCGUGAAUUAAAGAAUCCUUUAGUAUUAAUUUCGUACGAUGUAACUUUUUUAACCAAAAAUAAUUCAAAGUAGUCAAAAGAAUAAAAUUAUUCCUUCAAUAAAAUAAUCAAAUUAUAUACGAUGCAUCUAACAUUAUUUAAUGCUCAAUAACAUAAAAAUAUAAUAAUCUCAUGUUUAAUGAUAAUUACGUUUUUGUAUAAUGGAAAGUAUAAUCCACUGCUUCAUGAACUUAAUAUUGCAGUCAACACACCAAUGUGAUGGUUUUUGACUAUAAAUAUAGCUACAGCAAACCUACGAAUCGCAAA